AUGGCUACCGCACCUAAGUGGAAGAUAGCUAUCGGAGCCGAUGAUGCCGGUGUUGGCUACAAGAGCAAGAUUAGGGAGGACUUCGAAAAAGACCCCCGCGUCGAAUCUAUCGUAGACGUCGGAAGUCUCUCAACAGAUGACAAGACAGCCUACCCUCACCGAGCAGCGGCCGCAGCGCAGCUCGUAGCUGAUGGCAAGGUCGAUAGGGCCCUGCUCAUCUGCGGUACAGGCCUAGGAGUUGCCAUCUCAGCGAACAAGAUCAAGGGCGUCCGCGCCGUCACAGCUCACGACAGCUUCUCUGUAGAGCGAGCCGUACUAAGCAACAAUGCCCAAGUCCUUUGUAUGGGUGAGAGGGUUAUCGGCUUGGAGCUGGCGCGCAGAUUAGCCAAGGAGUGGUUGGGUUAUGUAUUUGACGAGAAGAGCGCGAGCGCAGCCAAGGUAGAAGUUAUCAGCCACCUCGAGAAGUCAUUGUAA